GAGCCGAGUCACCCCCCCAGUUUCGCUUUCGCCGCUGGCGGAAAUGGUCGCUCGUGGCAAAUUUGGAUCAAGACCCAAAUUCACACGCGACAUGGAACGGAGCAGAACAGAUUGAAUAUAAUAAUAAGCGGCUCAAAUCCAACACCCGUCGAAUCGAAAAACCAGUUUGGGUUGCGUGGGUCGAGACCGACUGGUAGCUUCCUUUCUUCAUCUACUAGCCUCCGCCCCUUCCAUCUCCCCCAUCAUCUUCUUCCCCAAAGCAACCACUCUCUCUCUCUCUCUCUCUAGCGAAUUAGUCUAUCUGAAGAAGGGAAGGAAGCCACGAUGAGUUGGUGGUGGGCCGGAGCUAUUGGCGCUGCAAAGAAGAGGAUCGAUGAGGAGGAGGCACCCAAGAGCUACCAGAGCGUGGGGCUCAUCCUGGGGGUCACCGGGAUCGUGGGCAACAGCCUGGCCGAGAUCCUCCCGCUCUCCGACACCCCCGGCGGCCCCUGGAAGGUCUACGGCGUCGCCCGCCGCCCCCGCCCCUCCUGGAACGCCGACCACCCCAUCGAGUACAUCCAGUGCGACCUCUCCGACGAGUCCGACGCCCUCGCCAAGCUCUCCCCUCUCACCGACGUCACCCACGUCUUCUACGUCACCUGGGCCAACCGCUCGUCGGAGCUCGAGAACUGCCGCGUCAACGGCGCCAUGCUCCGCAACGCCCUCCACGCCCUCGUCCCCAACGCCCCCAACCUCCGCCACGUCUGCCUCCAGACGGGGACCAAGCACUACGUCGGUCCCUUCGAGGCCUUCGGCAAGAUUACCCCCCACGACCCGCCGUUCACGGAGGACCUCCCCCGGCUCGACGUCCCCAACUUCUACUACACUCUGGAGGACAUCCUCUUCGAGGAGACCUCGAAGAAGGACGACCUCUCGUGGUCCGUCCACCGCCCGCCGAUCAUCUUCGGCUUCUCCCCUUACAGCCUCAUGAACCUCGUCGGCUCCCUCUGCGCCUACGCCGCCAUCUGCAAGCACGAGGGCGUCCCGCUCAUGUUCCCGGGGACCAAGGACGCCUGGGACUGCUACUCCAUGGCGGGCGACGCCGACCUCAUCGCCGAGCAGCAUAUUUGGGCGGCGGUCGACCCGUACGCCCGGAACGAGGCCUUCAACUGCAGCAACGGCGACGUGUUCAAGUGGAAGCACUUCUGGAAGGUGCUGGCGGAGCAGUUCGGGAUCGAGGAGUACGGGUUCGACGAGGGCGGCAAGCGGCUGAGGCUGACGGAGGCGAUGAAGGGGAAGGAGAGGGUGUGGGAGGAGAUCGUGCGGGAGAACCAGCUGCAGGAGACCAAGCUGGAGGAGGUCGGGCUGUGGUGGUUCGUGGACUUGAUGUUCGACGGGCCGUCGCCGUUGGACAGCAUGAACAAGAGCAAGGAGCAUGGCUUCCUCGGGUUCAGGAACUCCAAGAACUCCUUCCUGUCCUGGAUCGACAAGGUGAAGGGUUACAAGAUCGUGCCUUGAGAUUGACUUGAAAUCAAAAUGCCCCCUUUCUCUCGCUAUUGGUGCUGAUGGUGAUAUUGAUCGUGUUGGUAUUGUAGUGAAGUGAAUUCCCCAUUUGUUCCUUUGUUUUCUGGGUACCCUUUUUGAGGUUGUAUCUGUCGACGUAUUGUUCCGGGGACGACGAUGUUCCGAAGUAAGGUUUAAUAAAUGACGCUGAACAAUACAUUUUGCUGUAA